GGUCCAUUUGCACCGUAGAACCAUACACACACACACACACACACACGGGGCGGUUCUGUCAAAAUAGUCCCCCGCUGCAGCGUUGGCCUUGAACUUUGUUCAAAAGGUGACGUCACUACACGUCUUGCUGUGGUCUCCUACGAUGUCCCUGCUGACAUCACAGCGCGCACUGUGUUGUGCUUCUGUGUUUGCUCACCUACUCGGCACCUGAAACGAUCGCGUUAUUUCCAGCCAUUGCGUUGAAAUUACUUUCACUUCUGAGGUAAGCCCAUCCAUCCAUCCUCUAUGCCGCUUAUCCUCACUAGGAUCGCGGGUAUGCUGGAGCCUAUCCCUGCUAACAUCGGGCGAGAGGCGGGGUACACCCUGGACUGGUCGCCAGCCAAUCGCAGUCUAAGAAUCCACCUUUAACUGGUCGGAUAUGCAAGCUGCUAAAAUAGUGAGGACACUAUUUUUUCCCCCAAAAGUCCCAUCCGUCUGUCAAAAUCGGUGACAUAUACAAUAUGAGACGUGCAUUGUUGGCGUAUGACGUCACCCUUGGUUGAAAGAAUACAUCGUUACACCUGAGAACCCGACAGAACUACAAUUAACUACAUGGACCACAACCUGUGACGUCACAGCCGAGCCUUCGAAGUGAUCCGUGAUGGAUGAUGACAGUUUGCUUAAGGUGGACGCCAUUCUGGAGGCGGUGAAAAGGCACUUCAGCCAAAUCUCCGCCGCUCAGUGGGCUCUGAUGGUGGAGGGGACCCCGGACUCUGAGACCAAGGCCAUCUUGGUCGACACAAUCAGCGAGGUGGUUCAGAGGGUCUCCUCAGUGGUUGUGAAGCGCCUGGUGCCCGCCCUCAGGGAUCACCUGCGCGGACAUGCGUCUCAGGCUCAGGUAAAUUACGCCAUCGACCGAUGCAGUCCGAAGAUGAGCGAGUGCAUCACCGAGACCUUCGCCGCCGCACUGAACCUCCCACCCCAGAAGUAUGAGGGCGCCGCGGAACUCACCACGCUGGUGGAGUCGGAGGUGAAACAUCGGGUCACCUCAGCCUUGUCCGUGGCCCAGAGCGCCACCGAGUGGCCGUCGGAGCCCACCCUCUUCAUCCGCAGCAGUAUGUCCACUGUGGGCACCCUGUCCUCCAUCUUUCGCCAGGCUGUGGAGUAUUUAAGGCAGGUGUUUGCUCGGGCACGCACACCUUGCGUGGUGCUGUGUGGACGUUCUACCAUGAAGAACAGCGAAAUGACUGAUUCCAUUAAGGGAAUCCUCUUAAAGUGGUUCAAAUCCAGCAAGGACAAGACUACUGGCGAAUACACCGACUCAAUGAUGGAAGAGCAAGCUCAAUUGGCAGCAGUGGACAUCACAAGGAGCAUCAUCCAGGAGACCUCUCAGAUGUCAGGAGAUGCUUCUGGCCAUGUGGAUGGUCAACUGACUCGCUUCAACCUCAACCUGAAGCUGGUCUCCGACAAAGUCAAGAAUUUCUUCAAGUCGCAGGAGAAGCCCAGCGUGGAUGGUCAGGUCAAACAGCGCAGGUUCCGCUUCUUCAAGUUUGCACGCUCGCAGUUUUCACGCAUGCUGGGAGGACUGAAACGAGCCUUUAAGAACCAAGACGCAUGUCUGGUGGCCCUCAAGUCUGACCGCCGGGAAGAGAAGAGCGUGCUGUCUCCCAGAGGGGAUGCUAAAGGUGCCUUCAGGACCAGCACCUUACAUGUCAGGCCAUCACAACGUCCUGCGUUUGAGUUUGAGUCCAUCCAAGACAUGAUGGCCAAAUUGUUCGAUGAUCUCAGCAAGAUGGAUUCGGAAGCUCGCGACAAGAAAAUUGCACGCUAUAUGGAUGAGAAUUUGAAGGGCUUUUCUGAAGAACUCACCUCUCAACUGUACGAGUACAUCAUGUCUUGUCACAGUGAAGUAUACGAGGUGCCCUCCAGCCGCUCCAACACUCCUUUUAUGGACUCGCUCCUGUGGGGGCGACCAGGUAAAAAACACUGGGACGGCCAGAUCUUUUCUCCUGAAGUCUUGUACGCCAUGACGGAAGACACAGUGUGGAGGUUCUUGCAGCAGCUGGUCCUCUGGCUGGAGACGGAGGAAAACGAGGAGACGUAUGCUGAUGAUGUAUCCGGUGCCGUGAGCGAGAUCAACCAACUGGUGGUUACCGCCCUCAACACAGAUGAAGAUGCUGAGAAGGUGAAGCCUCCUAAAUUGCAGAUGACACGUGAAAAUGUGGACACAUCUGAAGAGGAAACAAAUCUAGAAGAGUACUCUCAAGAGAGCAUUUCAGCACCUUCCCGAACACAAGACAUUUCUAAACGCCGUACAGAGACAUUAGACAUGCCGCUAUUUAAGGAGUUAACUCAACUCCUGGCCUAUACGCUGACCGCCAAGCUGGCACAGAGACUACCGAAGAAAAGCAAGAAGUUGCUGAAGAGGGACACCCUCCUCCUGGUAAGCGACCAUCUGUCAUCCAGGACCAUGGAAGAAAUCAGCCCCAAGCACAUAAACAAAAUCCAAACCAUGGCACAGUUGGAGGAGGUGGUAACAGGUCUGGUCAAGAACCUCAUGGUGGACUUCGGCACUUCGCAAAAGCUGGUGAAAGCUGUGAGGACGAACAAUACGUCUUUCGAUGACGCCGUCUUGAAGCAUCUCAGAAUUAAGCUGGACACCUUCAAAGAUCUACCCAAGAAAAAUCCAUGUGUGUGCUGCUACCCUUGUCACCGACAAAUCAUAACUUAAAACAUAAAUAGCUUCUAAUAUAUCAGCCAAUCUUGAACAAAAGAAGCAGAAAGUUAACAUAAAUGUGGCAAGGAGCGUGGCCAGGUCAUUGAAAGCAGAGUACGCAUAACAAACAUGCAAAACUACGACAUUGUUGCUGAAAAACUGCAUCAAUAAAUGUUAUUGUCCGAGAGGAAUCCUGCAAAAAGAAAAGCACAUUCAAUCAUUAAAUGACAGAAACCAGUCUUGAGAGGGCUUUAUUUUGUUUUUUUAUUCUAAAUCUUUACUCUUGCUGACACUAACCUCUGCACACUCAGACU